UGCAGCCAAGCAGAUGUCGGCGAGCGCCGAGGACGCCAAAGUGCAAAACUCAGAGAUCGGGGCAUUGUGAGAGGAAAGGAGAGGAGUGGCAGAUCAUCUCUCUCCAUCACUCGGUGGGCUUUUACACACCGUCCCUUCACUUCACUAUGGAUCUCUGGAGUACCAAAGUCUGGACAGUUGUCGGGCUUGUUGCCCUGAUGCUUGUGAGCCUGUGUGGGAACACAAAAGCAGAGAUGUGUCACAGUCCGCUAGUGUCCAGUUUACCAGCAUCAUCCUUCAGAAGCUCUUCCCAGCUGUCCAGCAGCCACGGGCCGGGCUUUGCUAAGCUGAACCGGAGAGAAGGAGCUGGAGGUUGGUCUCCGCUCACUUCAGACAAGGGUCAGUGGUUGGAUCUGGACCUGGGCAGGCGAACACAAAUCACUGCUGUCGCUACACAAGGUCGCUAUGGCAGCUCGGACUGGCAGGCGGCGUUCUACCUCAUGUUCAGCGACACAGGACACAACUGGAAACAGUAUCGACAGGAAGGCAGUAUCGGGGUCUUUCCAGGUAACAGUAACGCAGACAGCGUGGUCCAGCACAAGCUGCAGCACCGGGUGAUCGCUCGCUACGUCCGCCUGAUCCCCCUGGACUGGAAUCCAAAUGGACGGAUCGGACUCAGGAUGGAGGUCUACGGAUGUUCUUACGAUUCUGACACCGUCAGCUUCAACGGUCUCAGCAGCCUUGUGUACAUGUUGAGUCCGCUUCCGAGGCAGACGUCCACUGAAAGCAUCUUUCUGAAAUUUAAAGCCCUGAGGAACUCUGGGACCAUCCUUCAAGCAAGACACCAACACCACGAGCACGGUCUCUCCCUGGAAUUAGAGAGAGGAAAACUUCUCCUGCUCCUCAGAAAAGGCAGGGGUUUGACCCCAGAAAACCGGCAUGUUUUGUCUCUGGGGAGCCUGCUGGACGACCAGCACUGGCACCGCGUUACGGUGGAGCAUCACAGCAGCCACAUCAACCUCACUGUGGACAAAAGCACCAUGUGGGUCCAGAUCCCGGAGAGAUUCUCCCACUGGGAUCAUGACCAGAUAAGCGUCGGAGCGGAUCAGACACUCAGCUCAUCGCGCUCCAGCAGAGGUUUCCACGGCUGUCUGGAAAACCUGGUUUACAACGACCUGAACUUGAUUCAUCUCGCUAAACAGAGGGACCAGCGAGUUACAGUAAAAGGCAACGUGAGCUUCUCGUGUGCUGAACCCACUUUUGUAGCCGUGACUUUCCUCGGCCCCCAGAGCUUCCUGUGUCUGCCGGGAGGCACGGAGUCGUCGUCGUCAGACGGCAUGUCGGCAGGGCUUCAGUUUCGGACAUGGAACAGGGAGGGGUUGCUGCUGACCUUUGACCUGACACACGGAGGGACUGCCUGGCUUCACCUGAGCAAAGCCAGACUGCAUCUAACGCUCCACAAGCCGGGCAGGGCACCGCUGGAGCUGCAAGCAGGUUCAGGUCUGAAUGACGGCCAGUGGCACUCUGUGGACCUGAUCUCCGGACGAGGACGCCUGACCGUCAUGGUGGACGGAGAAGACGGGAGUGCUGCUCAAACCAGUCCUUCAUUCCCCUUCUCUACACGAGGUCAACUUUUCUUUGGUGGUUGUCCUGCUGAAGGGAGCAGCAGCCAGGAGUGUACAAACCCCUUCAGAGCUUUCCAAGGAUGCAUGCGUCUCGUAGCCGUCGACCAGCAGCUGGUGGAUCUGUUCAAGGUGCAGCAAAGGCUCAUGGGGAAUUACAGUCACCUGCAGAUUGACAUGUGUGGGAUCAUUGACAGGUGCUCUCCCAGUCGCUGUGAACACGGAGGCAGCUGCACUCAGUCCGGGAGCACCUUCCACUGUAACUGCUCCCACACCGGCUACAGGGGAGCCACCUGCCACAGCUCAAUAUACGAGCAGUCCUGUGAGGCAUACAAACACAGAGGCAACACGUCGGGGUAUUAUUACAUCGAUGUGGACGGCAGCGGGCCCAUCAGUCCUCAGCUGAUUUACUGCAACAUGACAGAGGACGAGACAUGGACGGUGAUCCAGCACAACAACACAGAACUGACCAGCGUCCGUCCGCCAGCAGGAAAAAGUCCGUAUUCAGUUGACUUGGAAUACGAGUCUGAUGAGGAGCAGCUCUCGGCGGUUAUCGGCCAGUCAGAGCGCUGCCAGCAGGAAGUGGCCUACCACUGCAGGAAGUCACGGCUGCUCAACACACCGGAUGGUCCUCCCCGGAGCUGGUGGGUGGGAGGUCCAGGGGGAGGACGGGUGCAGACUCACUGGGGUGGAGCUCCACCAGGGAGCCAACAGUGUGCCUGUGGUCUGCAGGGGAACUGUGUGGACCCCAAACACCACUGCAACUGUGAUGCCCACCGCAAUGUUUGGGCUCACGACUCUGGGCUGUUGACCCACAAGGAGUCCCUCCCCGUCAGAUCUCUGGUACUGGGAGACGUCCACGGGUCGUCAUCAGAAAGUGCCUACAAGGUGGGACCUCUUCUUUGCCACGGAGACAAAAAUAUGUGGAACGCUGCAUUUUUCGACAAGGAAAGGUCAUACCUCCACUUUCCCACUUUGAACAGCGAGCUGAGUGCAGAUAUUUCCUUCCUGUUUAAGACCACUUCCUCUUCUGGUGUCUUCCUGGAAAAUUUGGGCAUCAGAGACUUUAUUCGGAUUGAGCUCAACUCGUCCUCUGAGGUCGUCUUCUCCUUGGACGUGGGUAACGGCCCGUUGGAGGUCAGAGUGGACGCUGGCUUCCCGCUGAACGACGACACGUGGCAUCACAUUCGGGCAGAGCGUAACGUGAAAGAGGCGUCGCUCCGCGUGGACGAGCUCCCCGCUGCCACGAGGGAGGCUCCGGCUGACGGACACAUUCACCUGCAGCUCAACAGCCAGCUGUUUAUAGGAGGCACAGCUUCCAGACAGAAGGGUUUUCGGGGUUGUAUUCGCUCCCUGCAGCUCAACGGUGUCACUCUGGACCUGGAGGAGCGAGCGGACAUCACCCCCGGAGUUCGGGCGGGAUGUCCGGGUCACUGCAGCAGCUACGGCUCGCUGUGCCAGAACCACGGCCGCUGUGUGGAGAGAGACAAAGGUUUUUCCUGUGACUGCGGCUCAUCUGCUCACACCGGAGCCUUCUGUCACAAAGAGGUCUCAGUCAGCUUCAAGCCAGGAACGUCCAUCGUCUACAACUUCAAGGAGCUGACGGUGAAAGAGCUCAACAGGAGCAGCGGCGCCGCUCCCUCCUCUAUCCUUUCAGACACGGCCGUGAGAACAGAGAAUGUCUCCCUCAGCUUCAGGACCAGCCAGAGUCCAGCUCUGCUCCUCUACGCUGGAUCCUACCACAGAGAGUACCUGGCUGUGCUGCUCAACAAGCAAGACGAGCUGGAGCUGAGGUACAGACUGGGGCGAGCCAAGGAAGCAGAGGUUUUGAAGAGUAAAGUGAGGAACCUGGCCGACCAACAGCUACAUUCAGUUACCGUCAGCAGGAGGGCAGACAAGGUCUCUCUGCAGAUUGACCAGAAUGACAGAGAGGAGUUUAAUUUGACCACUGAUGAAUUCAGUGGUUUAAGGUCGCUGAUUCUUGGCAGAGUGCACGACUCUGGUGAGUUGGAUCCAGAACUGGCCCGGGUGGCCUCUCUGGGUUUUACAGGCUGUCUGUCUGCAGUCCUUUUCAACUCCAUCAGCCCUCUGAAAGUUGCUCUGCUUCACCCGAACACAAGUCCUGUUAGCGUCACCGGCCCCCUCCUCCGCUCCGCGUGCAGCUCCACUUCAGGAAAUCCCCACACGGCAGAAACCACGCACCAGCAUUCAGAUCAGUUUGGGUCCAUGGGAGGAGGUCGGCGUUUACUGAAUGCUGCCAGGACUGACUCAGCUCUCAUUGGAGGCGUCAUAGCCGUGGUGAUCUUUGUGACUCUGUCUGCGUUGGCCAUAACUGCCCGGUUCCUCUACAGGAGGAUGGACACAUGCCAGAACCACGAGGUAAAACCAGUAAAAGCAGAGGACGCGCCGGGUCCUCCAGAGAACCAGACGGAAUAUUUUAUCUAGAGGAGUCGUCUCUCCACUGAUCUGACGGAGAUGCCUCAUCCAGCCGCAGUGCUUUACAGGACUAACUGGCAGCCAACCAUGAACCAUGUCCAUCAACAUUUUUCUUUUUUUGGGUUCUGUGUUGUGUUUUUAUACAGAUUUUGCAAAGAUUCCUAAAAAAAAGAUUAUUAAGGUUAAUACUGUACAUUCAGUGGAAGGAUUGUAUAUAUUAAAUAAUUGUGUAAAUCUUCAAAUUAUAACUUCAAACACAGCUGUCUUCUCUAUGUAUUGCUGACAUAAUUCUACAAAAUGUUUUUUUUCCUUACUUGUAUUGAUCUAAAACCUAUUUGUUGGAUCCAGGCUAACGGAGGAUGAAUGUUUUCAGCUUGUGAGCUUUUUAAUUCAGUUUUUCCUCAUUGCUUAUGUUGCUUUAUUGCUUUUGCACUUACUAGUGUUUCAGUCUGCAAUUAUACAAAUGCAUUUGCUUUUUUUUCCAAAAAAAAAAAAGUUGCCAUGUUUAUGCUGAGCAUCCAUGUUUCUCUUGUGUUUGGAGAUUUUUGGAAACAGUGACCCAGUCAAGCACCUGUGCUCCCUGACAGGGUUUCAGAUGUCCUUAUCCAACACUCCCUUAUUGUCAAAUCCCAUCACUGACUUCAGUCUCCCUUUAUCCAUCUACUCUUGUUUAUUUCUAUGUUGGGUCAUGGGGGGUGUGCUGGAGCCGGUCCCAGCUCCCUUCAGGCAACAAAACCCUCUCUAACAUUUUCAGCAAUCAAACUUCCAAUCAACCUGCUCCCUGUUUAAACCAGUUUGUUUGUUCCCGUUGUCAUCCGAUGUGCUUUUUGGGCUGUGAGUGCAAAUAUGAAUGGACUGAGAUUAAAUGUGAAACGGGGUUAAACCACUGAUUCUGAGUUGUUUAAAUUUUAAAAUGCUGUUUUAAAU